GUCAUCCUCGAGUCUCCGAGAGAUUGGCAGUCAGAUUUCUGAGUUUUGGAAAUAGAGAAAUGCAUUCGGGUGGAGAAUGGACAGACGCCUCGCUCUUCAGGGAAUCGGUCAUGGGCGUUGGGUUUCUAGGUCUUACAGGGUGACACUGGAGAAUGGAAGUGGAGGACAGGCUGGAGGACUGAAAUCUGGAUUUACAGUGGGGCAGCUAGAAAAGGGUGUUGUCGGGUGUGGUAGCGCAUGCCUUUAUUAUCAGCGUUCUGGGAGGCAGAGGUUCUCUGAGUUCCAGACCAGCCAGGACUACACGCAAUGCCUCUGCCGCAGGGUGACGUGACUGCCUUAUUCCUGGGGCCUCCGGGCUCGGGAAAGUCCGCGCUGAUCGCCGCGUUAUGCGACAAGAAUGUAGACAUGGUCGAGAUUCCUGAAGGACGGCCGGAUUCUGGAGUCCCCAGUCUGAGAGCGGCGGCUCCAGGCCUCUUCCUGGGCGAGCUGAGCUGCCCACCCGCAGCUCCGGGGCCCUGGGCGGCGGAGGCCAACUUGCUGGUAUUGGUGCUACCAGGACCUGAGGGGACCGAGGAGCCCUUGACCCCAGCUCUGGGAGAGGCAGCGCGGGCCGCCCUGGCCGGAGGGACCCCGCUGCUGGCAGUACGGAAUCUGCGUCCUGGAGACUCCCAGAAUGCAGAUCAGGCCCGGGAUCAGACUGCGGCCUUGCUGAAGAGUGCUGGGUUAGGAGCUGCGCCUCUCUUUGUGCUGCCGGCCAAUGGCAGCAGCAGUGACUGCGGCGAGGAGCUAGAGCGCCUGCGGGUGGUGCUGCGGACCCAGGCGGAGGCGCUGCAGAGGUUCCUGCCACCUGCCCAGGAUGGCUUCGAGGUGCUGGGCGCAGCAGAGCUGGAAGCUGUGCGCGAGGCCUUCGAAACCGGUGGCCUGGAGGCGGCGCUGUCGUGGGUGCGCGCUGGCCUUGAGCGCCUGGGCAGCGCGCGACUGGACCUGGCGGUGGCCGGCACUACCAACGUAGGCCUUGUACUAGACAUGCUAUUGGGACUGGAUCCUGGCGACCCAGGGGCUGCGCCUGCUUCGGAACCCACUGGGCCCACCCCUUAUCCGGCUCCAGAGCGCCCUAACGUGGUGCUCUGGACCGUUCCCCUGGGCCCCACCGCCACAUCCCCUGCCACCACCCCUCACCCAACCCAUUACGACGCCCUGAUCCUUGUCACCCCUGGGGCUCCCACCGAAGAGACCUGGGCCCAGGUCCGCUCAUUGGUGUCACCAGAUGCUCCACUGGUCGGCGUGCGCACGGACGGCCAGGGCGAGGAUCCACCCGAGGCUCUGGAAGAAGAAAAGGCUGAGAAGCUCGAGAAAGCAAGCGGCGGGAGCUCAGGGGAUGCCCGCAGCGAAGGCAAAGAAAACCGUGGCUCCGGGGACUCGGGGCCCACGGCUGCUCGGAGUCCGGAGGACGAGCCGUGGGAGGUACUGGAGGAGGUGCCUCCGCCCGUGUUCCCUCUGCGGCCCGGUGGUCUCCCGGGGCUGGGAACCUGGCUUCAGCGCGCACUGCCUGCGGCUCAGGCCGGGGCGCUGCUGCUGGCGCUGCCACCCGCAAGUCCCCGCGCAGCGCGGAGGAAGGCAGCGGCGCUACGGGCAGGGGCGUGGAGGCCAGCCCUGCUGGCCAGCCUGGCGGCGGCGGCCGCCCCAGUACCAGGAUUGGGCUGGGCUUGCGAUGUGGCACUUCUCCGGGGACAGCUGGCUGAAUGGCGGCGCGCGCUAGGCCUCGAACCAGCGGCAGUGGCACGCCGGGAGCGUGCCCUGGGCCUUGCUCCUGGAGUGCUGGCCGCGCGCACGCGCUUCCCGGGCCCGGUGACACGCGCCGAGGUGGAGGCCAGACUGGGAUCCUGGGCUGGCGAGGGCACCGCGGGAGGCGCGGCGCUGGGUGCGCUCUCCUUCCUAUGGCCCGCAGGUGGCGCAGCGGCGACGGGUGGCCUGGGUUACCGUGCAGCUCACGGUGUACUGCUGCAGGCCCUGGAUGAGAUGCUGGCUGAUGCUGAGGCGGUGCUGGGACCCCCAGAGCCCAACCAGUGAGGGGUGUGGUGGGGGCUGGAAUGUCUGGUGACUUGGUUUCUGGCCCCACAGCUUCUGAGAUUGAGGGGUGAGGGGUGGUACUCAAACCCGGGGACUUGAAGGAGACUGACUUCUGGUUGAAACCUGCGACUUCACAGUCACCCGAUUUCCUGGGUUCUGAGGGAGUAGGGUCUGAGCACCCUUAGUUUGACAUUCAGACAGUAAUGUAGGGAGGGGAGUUGGGGGCUGGACUCCUAGAAAUGGGAGCCUUUUGGCCUCCAGCUGGCAUCUGGUCCUAGAUCUGGCCGCCUCAGUUCCUGCCUGACUGUGGGUGGCCCUAUGGCUGUGGACGGUGCUAUAGGGAGUUAGAACCCUUGGAGUGUUGAGUCCCAAAGGAAAAACGAGAUGUAAGUUGCCCAGAAAGAACAGGUUUUCAGGACCGACCCAAGAGGACUUGGGACCUUCAUUUCAAAUGAGAAUCUUAAACGCUGGUUCCUAAGAAGGUUCUGUGGACAUUGGUUGUCAAUUCCUGGGUGGUGGGAAAUCUGUGGAGAUCAGGGGCUUGCUGGAGACCCCCUGGUCACAUGGAGAGUGGAGGAUCAUCCACCAUUUACUCUCCAAGGCUUUGUUGUGGAGAACACUGCCCCACAAGAUUGAAGGGAAGGGACAAGAGGUCUGGGAAUGGUGGUCUCCUGAUGGCCAGAAUCUGGGCUUUGGGUCUUUGAGGUAUAGAGAAAUAGAAACCUAUACUUCAGAAAUACCUCGGUGAGCUCCUGAUGUCCUGGGAUCCUGGCAACUGCCUCUCUGUGCAUUACUGGGCAGGGGUGUGACUACCCCCACUUUAUAGGUGCUGGGUGACUGGGGUCUCCAGCAUACAUGCUCCUGUUCACUUGAGUUUAUCACUGGUUUCUUCUGUCGUGACGACCUUAACUCUUGGGCCUUGGAGUGUUGUGGUCCUGGUUUUUUGGAAAGACAGGAGGGUCCUGCUGUAGCGGUCUAGACUUCUCUGCAUGGCCUCCGCCCAUGUCCCCAAGAUACCUGGUCCACACAGGAUGCUGCUGUGGGCAGGGUUUCCUACGAUAGCUGGGCAGGCGUCCGCUGCUGUGGGAAGGUGUCAGGAGUGAGGCAGAGGCAGAAACCACAGUGCUGUGGUUUGUUUGGGUGGUAAGUGCCACCAUAAAGUUGUUCAGUGUCAAAAGCAGAAAAGGAGGACCUGGUAGAUGGGAACACCAGACUCAGAGAUGCAGGCCAGAGGCUCAUCAACACAGCAAGUCACUGUGUGCCUUGGUCCCCGCCUCUCCCCAUUGCCAGCCCAUCUCCAGCAAGCCUGAGUUGUCUUUCUGAUGCUUGGGUCCCACCUCAGGACUGGGGCAUUUUCUGUCUUUCUGUGGAAUGCUCUGCCUCCCCAUCCUUUUUUCAGAUUGGGUCCUCAUCCAUCAGGUCUCCCUGAAAUGGCCCCUUCAGAAGCCUCCUGAUGACCCCAAGUAGCUUACACUGAUCCUGGCCACUUGAUGGUCCUUGUAGUAAACAUUACUAUCAAUAAUGGGUUUACAGGCCGGGCGGUGGUGGUGCACACCUUUAAUCCCAGCACUCAGGAGGCAGAGCCAGGUGGAUCUCUGUGAGUUCGAGGCCAGCCUGGUCUACAGAGCGAGCUCCAGGACAGGCACCAAAACAACAGAGAAACCCUGUCUCGAGGGGAAAAAAAGAAAAGAAUAAUGGCUUUGCUUAUGUAUUCAUUCUUUCAUUCUCCCGUUUGUCGGCUCUUGCCCCUUGUUUGUCCUUUUCUUGGGUGUACCCUAGCACCCAGAGCAGUGCCUGACACGCGGUGUGUGCCUAGUAUUUAUUAUUUUAGUUUACUGAUCAUUGGCACAUGGCCUGGGAUUCAGGCUGUCAAUAUCUUGUUACAAAAAGACACAAGCUAGGGAGAGGCGAGCGCCUGGUGGGAGAGAAAAUGGGGAGCAGAAUGAGUGUCGUGUAAGUCCAUCCGUCAGAUGAAGGGAUUCGAACCAUAAGAGGGCUGCAUUGUUAGCUUCUACCCCCAUCUAACUGAUGGAGCGUGCCCCUGUGAAAGUCAAGAGGGCACCUGAUAUGGCAGCAUGUGCAUGUAACCCCAGCAUGUGAGAGGUGGAGAUAGAAUUAGAAGUUUGAGACCAGGGCUGGAGAGAUGGUUCAGCGGUUAGGAGCACUGGCUGCUCUUCCAGAGGACCCUGGUUCAAUUCCCAGCAACCACAUGGCAGCUCCAGUUCCAGGGCAUCUGACUCCUUCACACAGAGUAUAUACAGGCAAAGCACCAGUGCACACUGAAUAAAUAAAAUAGAUCUUUUUUGUUUGGUUUGGUUUUUUGAGACAGGGUUUCUCUGUGCAGCUUUGCGCCUUUCCUGGAACUCACUUGGUAGCCCAGGCUGGCCUGAACUCAGAAAUCCGUCUGGCUCUGCCUCCCGAGUGCUGGGAUUAAAGGCGUGCACCACCACCGCCCGGCAAUAAAAUAGAUCUUAAAAAAAAAAAAAGGUUAAGACCAUCUUCAUGCCCUCUCUCACUAUUCAGUCUAGACUGGCCUUGAACUCCCGGUGGUGUGGCCCCUGCCUCUUCUCUCUCCCUGCCCCAGCCCAUUCAGCCUCCCCGGGGCUUGAUUACAGCCCUAAACCCCAGCUCCCAGCUCCCCUUAGCUCUUAGUGAGCUGCCUGGCAUGGUCUCCACUGAGAGCCCAUUGCUCCUUACGCCUCAGCACACCUCAGCUCACGUGAUACACCCAGUUGGAAAUACUUGAAUUCCUCCUAGGUGGAGAACUCAAUUCACAUACCCAUGUUGUGUCGAUUAGGUUCCCCCCAAAACUGGGGUUUGAACCCAGUGCCUCACAUACUCAAGGCAAACACUCUUCACUGGAACUAUGUCCUUAGCUCUUCAUUGGGGACGUGGGGUGGGGGGUGGGGUGGGGUAGCGUUGGGGUGGGUAUUAUUUCUGGGCAGGGGCUCUACCACAGAGUCACACUCCCAGCCCCUCACUGGGGGAUUCUAGCCAGGGGCUCUACCACUGAGUUACAUUCUCAGCCUGCUUUCUUUCUUUUUUUCUCUUUUUUGAGACAAGGUCUCACUAAGUUGCCUGGACUGGCCUUGAACACACUCCAUCCCAGACAGGCCUUGAAUUUGGGAUCUUCCUCCCUCAACCUCCUGGGUCACUGAGGUCACAAGCCUUCACCAACUCCUGGCUUUCUAGUUUUUCCAAACCUGUCCUGUGUCAGUGAAUCAAAUACAAAUAAAAUCUGAGGUUGCUGUUUCUCAGCGGCACUAGCCACCUAUCGGACCCUUAGUGGCCACCGUGUAUGACAAUACAGAUGUGACAGUGACUCCAGGAUUAUAGGGGGUCUGUGCACAAGGUCCAGGGGCAGAGUUGAGGAGGAUACUGGGCAAGUCACCAGCAAAGGGCUUCUAGCAAGGUGUGUUAGUUGCGUCCCUUGUUGUGGGACAGAAUACUGGAGGGAGAGGAGCUUAUUCACAGAUGCGGUCCACCGUGGCGGGAGAGUCACCGCAGCAGGAAGGUGAGGCAGCUGGUCACCGUGAGGCCACGUUUGGGAAGCGGAGAGAGAAAUACUGGUCCUCAGUUCGGUUCCUCCUUUUCCUUCACCCCAGGACCACAGCCUAUUGAAUGGUUCCUCAAACAGUAGGUAGAGCUCAGAUAACCUAAUCUAGACAAUCUUCCAUAGCCACAUCGGGACAGAGAGUGUAGACUGUCCGUUAGCAGCAUUCACCGCCACAGCAGGUAGCUGAGAUUUCGCUGUGUAUACACAGGCACGUGUCUGAGCAUGCGCACUGGCACGUGAACACGCUUGAACACAUGCCCAGCUCACAUGUACCACCAUCCCUCCAGAGAGGCUUUGAACACAGAUGCCUGGGUCCUACUCCCCUUGGCCUGGUAAAGGUCAGACAGCCAACCCGGCACCUUCGGUGACUCCUGCGAAGUGCCCCACUCCCACUAACACGCUGGUUCUGUGUUUUAUUUUCUGAUAUUUUGACACAGCCUAGGCUGGCCUUGAACUCAGUAUGUAGCUGGCGGUGGCCUUGAAACUCUGGUCUUCCGGCCUCCACCUCAGGUGCUGGGACCACAGGCAUGUGUCCCCGUACCCAGCUCUAACGUGUCUUACUCUGGUGCCUCACGGCAUCCCCAUCCCUGCGCUUUGCUUUGCUGCUGUCUCUUCUCGAGAUGACACAUCAGAAGAAGCAUGUUGUAGCCGUUGCAUGGCUGGUCAGCUCCGUAGACUUAGAUAGCAGCGAUUCUGGGUUGCUGGUGUUUUUGUCACUAGAGGGUCCAGGCUGUCUCAAACUCUUGAUCCCAGGUAUUGUCCUGUCACUCUUCUGUCCUGGGUUACAGGCAGGGAUGGCUGCCUUUUUUUUUUUUUUUUGUCUUUUCCGAGGUAGGGUGUCUUACCGUGUAGCUCAGACUGGCCUCAAACUCAUGCCCCAGCCUCUGAGGUUCUAGGAUUACAGGUGUAAGCUACGACAUAUGGUACCUACAUCUUUCGUUAGGGUUUUGGGCUUUUCCAGGGUGUAAGUAAAGCUGAGUGAGGGGCCCGUCUCUGGAAGCCUACACAUAGAAAAGGCUCAGCCUCCCUUGUGGGCUGCUAACAGGAUGCUCCCAUGAGGCACCUCGGUCUGGAAGAGCCUAGAGGCAGGGAUUCUGGGAAAUGUCAGCCCUCCAGGCUGGAACUGCAACUGUACCGUGGAUUGUGGCCGUGGCUCUCUCAGAGAGCAGGUUCCAAAAGUUGAUGAGUGGAUGAGAUAACCCUCAACACGGGGGAGAACCCUACAUUUCUGGCUCAUGAAGGGACUGUCUGUUGGAACAGGGGACAAAUCCAACAGUCUAGUCAACCUGUGGUGUGUUUCAGAAAAAACGAAUAAAAGAGAGUAGAAAUCCUA